AUGGGGUUACAGUUGGAUAACUUGGUGGAGACGAUAAAGUCAAAGGUGAGUUCGUUGAGGAAGAAGAAGAAGAAACCUUACAUCAAAAUGGACAAAAGCUCGAGCGUUAGGGUUGAGAUCCGUCGUAAGAAGACAAGAGAUCUCAUCGACAAGACCUUGAAGGUCGCUGAUCGUCCUGGCAAACGAACACUUUUCUGA